AUGAUCAAGAAGUUGACGCGAGAGUCCACCGAGCCGCUUAUACCGCACAUUCGUCCGCACACGCGCUCACGCCUCCGCAAAUACCUUUAUGCGUGUCUCAUCGCGUUGGCCGUCUUCUUCCUCUACCGAAUCAUCGAGCCGACGAAUGAGGCGACGUCGUCGUCGGCACGCGACGUCGUCAAUCAAAAACCGAUGAUGACGGCGUCGACGAGCACCGUCAAAUUGGACAUCUACAUGGAGUCGUUGUGUCCCGACACGACGCGCUUCUUCCGUCAGCAGCUGCGCAAGGCGUGGGACGUGUUGGGCGCGUCGCGAACGCGUCUCGAUUUGACGAUCGUGCCGUUCGGCAAAGCGCGCUGCGUCGAGACGUCCGCCGACUUCCAGUGUGAAUGUCAGCACGGCGCGCUCGAAUGCGACAUCAAUCAGCUGAUGAACUGUGUGAUCGAUCGCAUCGGAUUCCCCGACAAAUACAUCGCGCCGAUUCUGUGUAUGCAGGGCAAGCACUCGAUUGAUGAAGCCCUCAAAUGCGUCGAGCAGUAUUUGCCCGUCGAGGCCAAUCGAAUGCGCGAAUGCGCGACGGGACCACGCGGCCGACGCCUCCUCGCGUUGUCGGGCCAAAAAACCGCGGGUCUCGAGCCGCCGAUCGACUUCAUCCCGUGGAUUGUCAUCGACGGCCGCCGAAACUCGGACGCGCUCUACGAUUUGAGCCAGAAUUUGUGCGAAUCGAUGAAGCCGAUGCCGUCGGAAUGCCAACAAUACAUGGCGACGAUUCGAAAUAAUUAG